UGUCGCCAUGUCCAUGGUGGCCGCUGUCGCCGCCACCGCCACGUGUCCGGGCCGAUGUUGGGGACAUCCCGAGGGUGUCCCCAAAGGGGUGGCACCGUCUCCACCUCGUCACUUCACCUUCGAACCCCCCCCAGCGCCCCGCGGCCCCUCUCGGCCUCGGCGACCUCGGCAUCGCCGCGUUCUUUAUCCGCCCGCUGUGCGUCGCCCCCUCCCCUCAGAAGAACCCAGCGCCGCCAAACGCCUCCUGCUCCUCCUUUUGGCCGUGGUGGGAACCCAAAUCUACAACGCGCCGGGAGACGCCGGUGACGGCGUUUUGGGGACAAAUUUGGGGACAAGGACAACGGUGGGGACACCCCCAGUUCCAGAGGAGCCCCAGAUUCCAGCCGGGAACGCCGGGGUGACCAACGGAACCGCGGGUGGCUCCUGUCCCUCGCUGUGGGUGUCACCCCCUUUGUCACCACCUGGGGGCGCCAGGACGAGCUGAGGGACCCCCCCCC